AUGGUCUCCAUCACGACCGAGUACAUCAGCGUCGGGGGCAAUAGGCAUCCCGCCGCCGCCGAUUGGGACGUCCAGUCAGGCGUGCUUGCCUUUGGCGCAGAUAACAAUGUAGCUCUCUGGGAUCCUCGAGAGAGCUCCCAGCGCGGGGUCUAUUCGCUUCUUGUCGGCCACACCGACAAGGUCAGUGUCGUUCGGUUCUACACAUGCCCUUCCACCGGAGCGAGACUUCUCUUGACUGGCUCUGUUGAUCAUACGGUCCGGUUAUGGCGCCCCGAUUCAGAAAACUCCCGCCAAUUCGUCCACGCGCAUACUUUGGAAGGACAUACCGGCUCAGUCAAUACCAUCGCCAUAGCUGAAGGAUUGGACAUCGUCGCAUCGGGCGCAGCUGAUGCUACUGUGAAGAUAUGGAAGAUCAGCACGCAGGGGGAGCCGAAGGGCGAGCUCUUGAGAUCUAUUCCCAUGAAGCCACGCUUCUUUCCGUUGGCUUUGGCGUUGACACCGCUUCGAACGGAGUCGAAUGACAGACCUGUGGCUCUGGCGGUGGCAGGGACCACAAACAUUGUGCAGGUAUAUGUAGCAGAGAACACUCUUGUCGACCCCGAUUUCAAGCUUGCGGCUGUGCUGUCUGGACACGAGGCGUGGGUGCGCUCCUUGUCUUUCACGUCGGACAAGCAGAGCAAGACGGGUGAUCUGCUAUUGGCCUCGGCCAGUCAAGACAAGUAUGUUCGACUCUGGCGGUUCCAACGUGGAGAGGUUACUCAGGCCACGCCGGCGUGUGAUGACGAUCCUAUGCUGGGCGGCUUCGAGCCGACGCUAUCGAACAAGGCGCAUCAGUUCACCACGGCAGGGAUCAAAUACUCUGUUACAUUCGAAGCUCUGUUGUUCGGAAACGAGGACUGGAUCUACACGACUGCGUGGAACCCUGACCCAGAGCGCCAGCAACUUCUCACUGCUUCGGCAGACAACACAUUGACCAUUUGGGAACAAGAUCCGGUCUCGGGAGUGUGGCUUUCUGCCGAAAGAAUGGGAGAGAUCAGUGUUCAGAAAGGUUCCACUACAGCUACUGGUAGUACUGGUGGGUUCUGGAUUGGUCUUUGGGCCCCAGACGGCAAGCAAGUUGUAAGUCUGGGCCGCACUGGAAGCUGGCGCUCGUGGAAGUACGAUGCGGAAACCGAUAUGUGGGCGCAGUCCCUGGGUAUUUCCGGGCACGUGCGGUCAGCCAAUGGGGUCCAAUGGGAGCCUACUGGAGGAUAUCUCUUGUCGACAAGUGCGGAUCAGACGACACGUCUGCACGCCCAGUGGCUGCGCGAUGGACUAAAGUCAUGGCAUGAAUUUUCACGACCUCAGAUCCAUGGCUACGAUUUGAAUUGCGUGGACACUCUGGGCCCGGCUCGGUUCGUGUCCGGUGCCGAAGAGAAGCUAUUGCGAGUGUUCAAUGAGCCUGGGCCUAUCGCACAGCUCCUAGAGAAGCUUUCUGGCUUCAAGCAGACGACCGAAGGAGCACUACCAGACACAGCACAGAUCCCCGUCCUGGGAUUGUCGAACCAGGCCCCGGCCGAUGAUGCGCCUACAGGUGAAGACGGAGUGGAGGGUGAGGAGGUUGGAAAAGCUCAGGCUAAUCAGGCGCUUUUGGCGGAAUCAAACCAACCGCCAUUGGAAGAUCAGCUGGCCCGCUACACAUUAUGGCCAGAGCAUGAGAAGCUGUAUGGUCACGGAUACGAGAUCUCAGCCGUGGCCGUCAGCCACGACCGCACACUAAUUGCCACCGCUUGCAAGGCGAGUUCGAUUGAUCAUGCCGUGGUGCGUCUGUACGACACGUCGGACUGGCACGAGAUUCGUCCAUCUCUUGCCGCGCACACCUUGACCAUUACUAGUCUCGCUUUCUCCAGUGACGACCAGUACCUUCUGAGUGUCGGGCGUGACCGACAAUGGGCUGUUUAUCAGCGCAGCGAACAGGACCCCUCUACAUUCUCCCUUCUAACUUCGAACCCCAAGGGCCACUCCCGAAUGAUCCUCGAUGCCGCAUGGGCACCUGCGUCGGGCAAGCCCAUCUUCGCAACCGCUGGCCGGGACAAGUCAGUGAAGCUGUGGCAAAUGACCGAAGGCUCUUUCGAGUGCAAAUCUACCAUCCCGCUGACAACGCCUGUCACUGCACUGGCGUUCCUUCCGCAGAUAUACAACAACUCCUUCUUUGUGGCCACGGGCGAGGAAAGCGGGGCGGUGUCUGUCUACCAGGUUGCAGUCGACAGCCUGGAAGCCAGCCAUCUGUCAAGUAUCGACAAGCUUGCAUCACCUUCGAAGGCGAUCACGCAGCUGUCCUGGCGGCCGGUUCCUGAUGCCGACAUACGGAAUUUUGCACUGGCGGUAGCAAGCGAGGACACUUCAACUCGGAUAUAUAGUUUUUCGGACAUGGUCUCAUAA